CUUGUGAAGAUAUCAAGCGGUCAAGUAUUGAUGAAGCACUAGCUGCAAUAGUCUGCAACGUUAUAAAACCUCAUUCCGGAUGGGAUACCGUUUGUUGUGGGAAGAGGGUGUCUUCGCAGUUGCGAGCAUUUAGUGGAAUGUCUUCUCUACGUAGUUCGAGCUGCAAUAGAGAAAAACAAUAUUGAAAACAAAACUGUAGAAAAUUGCGUGUGUAUAUUUCGUAAUAUUUCGUAUAGAUGUCAGGAAGUGGAACAGCCAACUACGAUAAGCAUCCCUUCAUUACGCAAGAUAGGGCUAUCCCAUCUUCAUCAAAGGGAGAAAAUUUAGGAUGCUUUGGAACAAGUAAAAAAAAGAAGGAAGUGUCUGCUACUGAAGCUCUUCAGGACUCUAGCAUAUCCACAGAGUAUUCUAAAAGUUCAGUAACUAAGAGCCAGAUGAAUAAGGGCUACGAACAAUUAUGGCAACCGGAAGUAGUUCAAUAUUACUUAUCAUUAUUACAAAGUUGUUCUAAUCCAGAAAUACUUGAAGCUGCGGCAGGAGCAAUUCAAAAUUCAUCUGCAUGUUAUUGGCAACCCAGCAUUGAUAUUCGUGCAACAGUGCGUAAAGAAAAAGGUCUACCUAUUCUAGUAGAGCUCCUUCGGAUGGAAGUGGAUCGCGUAGUCUGUGCAGCUGCUACUGCCCUACGCAAUCUAGCUAUUGAUCAGCGAAAUAAAGAACUAAUUGGAAAGUAUGCUAUGCGCGAUUUAGUUCAAAAACUUCCAUCUGGAAAUGUACAGCAUGACCAAAACACAUCGGAUGAUACAAUAACAGCUGUAUUGGCUACAAUUAAUGAGGUCAUAAAAAAGAAUCCAGAAUUUUCUCGUUCACUUUUAGUGCUAGUUUGCUAGUCAAGUUUUGUAUACGAUGUGGCAACAUCACGAACUGCGAGACGUCUACAAAAAAAACGGU